AUGUCUGAUCAAGACAUUCAUCCAAAUAAAUUCAGUGAAUUGCGAAGUAUCUUCAAAUCCUACAUUGACUCAUACAAUGCAAUAUAUCAGCUAAAAACCCAAAAUGAAGAAGAAUUAAAUCAAAUUUACAAAAUGAUCAAAACAGAAUUGAUUGAUUCAAAGAAAUUUCAACCUACAUAUAUUAUAAGAGACAUUUUAAAUAUUAUUCCAUAUAGCAAUCGCUAUACAAAGCCAUAUUUAUAUCUUGCCAAACUCAUAUCUGAUGAUUACAAUAUCACAGAGGUCAACAAUGACAGCAGUAUUUCAAGCAUCCUAUUUUACAAAGAAUCUGGAAUUAAAUUAGACAAAUCUAUUGAUUACGAUCAAUUUAACUCAGAAAAUCUGGAUAUUCAUACAGAAAAUACAAUUUACAGAGCAAUUAUGUAUAAUGACUUAGAAAGAUUCAUUACAUUCACUGAAAGAGAAGGAUUUGAUAAAGAUCAAACACUUAAAAGCCGUUUAUAUCAAUAUCCUUUUUAUGGAUAUUCAUUACUUGAAUUAUGCUGUUACCACGGAGCAGUUGAUUGUUUCAAGUUAUUAAGAACAAAAUUUAACUCAGAAAUAACUGAUACAUGUCUAGAAUUAUCAUUUUUAGGAGGAAAUCCAGAGAUCAUGAGUGAAUGUUUGAAAUAUAAAAAACCAAAUCAGGAUUGCAUGAGAAAUGCAAUUAUUUCACACAACAUUGAUUUUGUUACAUUCUUGAUGAAUGAGUACAAUAUAGAGAUUAAUUUAACACUUUGCGGGUAUUAUCAAAAUCUUGAAUCAUUUUUGGUUUAUUUCGAUCAAUCUAAUGAUAUUAACAAAUGCUUUCUUUUUUCCUCAUUGUUUGAUUUUCUAUCCAUUUGCGAAUAUUUCAUUUCUCAUGGUGCGAAAAUCAAUAAAAAAGUAAAUAUGGAGACACCGUAUUUCAUAUUGGAGUACGCAAUAUUAGUAAAGAAAUUAUUGAAGUUCUUAUUUCGCAUGGUGCGAAUAUCAAUGAAAAAAAUGGAAAUGGAGACACCAUACUUCAUAUUGUAG